UAGGCGGUGUAGUGUCUCUUGAAUGGAAUGUUCUUACUUGACGUCUUACCGUGUGGACGUCCUAAUACACUCGUGUUACACAUCACCCCCAAGUGUAACAAUAUCUUUCCUGAAACUUGCUUCCUGAAAACGAAUUAACGAAGAAAAAGGAACACGCCGGUAGAUUGACAUGGAACAUUUUCGAUGAAAGAAAUGGUUACCGUAACGAGACAUCGUCGAGAAGGACGUCAGUAAGCAUACCAGAACAUAAAUUGAAAGAGUCUGCGAUGUCCCCGCCCCGAUCAAUCCAACCAAUAUCAUCGGAAGUUAAUUUGGAUGAAGCCAAUCAAAUUGCGAUCAUCCUUUUCUUUUGAUUAACGCACAUAGUCACACCAGCGCUUAAAGCAUUUCUAUGCGACAACGGCUUACAGUUACCCGCCACUAUUGACUAUGACUAUGCGAAAAUGUGCCACGUUUAGGAAAGCUAUCAACGCGCGCAACGACAUAUGUCAUCUGAAAUAUCUAUCACUAAGCGAACACUGGAAGCAGUACACCUCCGUCUGGAGGACAUUGUGUCUCGGUAUUGGCAACCCGGGGGCCGCCGUCAAAGUGCAAGUCAUCUACAACUUCUUGAUUAUGCGUGAAUAUAGAGGUGCAAUCGAGAACCAAGUUUUUCUCCUAACCAGUCAAGAUUAUAAUGUAAACGUAGGUUUUGGUCUUGGUUGCAUUUUGUUCGGCUGCCUCACCAAGUACGUGGCUCCGUCUCUGCGGAAUUUUCUAAUCGACGAGAAGAAUCAAUCUACAUCAACGGCUCUCGAUGCUUUUGAUAAUUUAAAACAAAUGAUUUCAGAGCAAAAGUGUGAUUCUAAUUACCUCUCAAAGGGAGGAGAUAUCAGAAAUGAUAUUGCGCUUCUUAAGCUAUCUAUGAAGGCUAGGAAUAAUUCAUGUCAUGUAUUUUUUUCUUUAGUCUUUCAGUUCUGGGAAAAUUAUUUGGAAGCCUGGAAACAGCUCAUGGAGAUAAUCAACGCUCGAACAGCAUCUGCAGAAAUGCAAGGAAUGCUAGAAACUCUCAUGACUUCUAUGAACGAAAAUCAACAAAUACAUCUAGCAAACGUUCUUAAUGAAGCCUACUGCAUAUAGACUUAUGCGCUUUCCAAGAAGCAGAAAACACUACCCAGAUCAAGGCUCCUUGGGGUCUCUUAACAACCGACGUUUGACAGUGUUCGAGCAGUCGUCAAUACUUCGUCGAGUUGUUCUUCUCCCUUUCUCUGUGUCGACUUCUUGGUGUCUUCCUUGUUCCACUUGUUCUCCUCUAACCAAGUCCUGUCAGUUUUGUGUGUACAAAACUAUUGAGUUAUUUCACUCUGUAAGUAUAGUUUGUGGCUUUCUAGAGCCCAAAACUAAAUCUACAAUACAAACUUUAACCUUG